AUGGUCAGCACGUCGACUUCAAUGAGCUCAGAGGCUCUGAGUAAGGAAGCAGAGAUUUUUGAUCGGCUGUUCCAGCUUGACGAGGAGGAUGUUGGUUGGAUCAAGCGACGCAUCGACCGUCACAUUGCAGCCUGCAAAAGAUAUGCAAGCGAGAGGCCACCUCGGUGGAAGGAAGCUCUGCACGAGGCCAACGAGGCUUCUACGAUCGCAUUUGCCGAGGGCAUGACUAGCAUCGACUCCAAGAUCAACUUUUACAUAGCCCACUGUUACAAGGGGAUGGGCAUGUGGCGUGAAGCCCACAAGUUUUACAUGGAGAGCACCGUCGAUACUCGGGACAUUCACUGGUUGCAGGGGCUGCAAUCACUCAGCAGGCAGAAAAUGGAGGGAGAGGGGGAUCUGGAGCUCAGGCGGGUAAGAGGCUCUGGCGAUUUGCGCAUGGCUUAUAGUGACACGACAAAGCUAGGAUAG